AUGGCCAUCGCCGUUGCCAACUGUAGCCAGACGCCCUUGGCUCUCGAAGGUCCGCCAAAACAGAGCAUGUGGCAGCGAUUGGACUUCCCCCGCCCUUCUUCCGACAACUCACGGAAUAAACAUGACAAUUUGACACGUCGAAUCUCGCGAAAGGUUGGCGUCAGUCUUCCGCGAAACCCCAAGCGACAAAGUGCCGAUUUCGAACGAUUAGCUCCUCAAUUUGAACAUCGUCGUGCUCUCUCCGCCAUUUCCGCCGACCGCCGCCCCUUGAGCGCACAAACAGCGUCUCCACCGCCCACCGACCCCAGACAAUCCGCACCCGAAAUUCAGUGGCUCGGCCCGCCCACAACCAAAGUCGACGAUAUCGAACCAGAGAUCGAAACAAAUGCCGAAAUUGACAUGUCCCAGGAUUGGGAUUAUCCCGACCCCGACCCCGAACUCGAUAUGGAUUAUUCAAAGUCCCCCGAUGUAGAGGAAGGAGAAGAAGAAGAAGAAGAAGAGGAUAUAAUUGAUCUGGAUGCGGAGCUAGAACAACGGUGGAUUUUGAAUCUGAGCAUGCACUUCAGAGAUCGUUCGGAACGUGAGAAAUUCUUUGUGACGUAUGCGGAGACUCCAAACCGAUGGCGACGAGUCACGGUUUCUUGCGACUACCGCGAUGCACCACCAGACUCAUUGGAAGGGGAAUUAAAGGGGCUACGAUAUCAACGCGACAAAUGCGCCCGAAUCUACGAGUCCAUUCGCGAGUCCCUCCUCGGAAUCCGGUUUUACGACACUGUCACGAAUUUGAAGCUUGAAACGAGUGAUGGUCAGUUGCAUGUCUACGUGACGGAAGACGUGAACGAAACGAUUCCGUACCCACCAAUCUCCAGCAUUGGUCACUUGGUGGGAGCUCCAAUGAUCCCCGAGCACAUGCUACACUUCGAAUCUCAUUUGUCUGGCUUUGUUUACAAGGUUAAUUUCGGUGGCCGGUUCUAUAUCAAAAAGGAAAUUCCAGGCCCGGACACCGUGGACGAGUUUCUAUACGAAAUCAACGCAUUGCACGCGCUGAACGGCAUCCCGAGCGUCAUCCAGGUGGAAGGAAUUGUGAUUGAUGAGGAGCGGUGCGUUGUGAAGGGCUUACUGAUUAGCUACGCCGAACAGGGUGCAUUGGUCGACAUUCUAUACGAACAACACGGAAGGACAGAGUUUGCACGACGCGAACGAUGGGCGAAGCAGAUCAUCCAGGGACUCUGUGAGAUCCAUGAAUCAGGCUACGUGCAGGGCGACUUCACACUCGCGAACAUUGUGGUGGAUGCGAACGACAACGCCAAAAUUAUCGAUAUCAACCGCAGAGGUUGCCCUGUUGGCUGGGAACCGCCAGAGAUUGCCGCCAAGAUUGAGAGCAACCAGCGCAUCUCCAUGUAUAUUGGUGUCAAAACCGAUCUUUUCCAAUUGGGAAUGACUCUGUGGGCAUUGGCAAUGGAAGAUGACGAACCGGAACGACAACCACGGCCUCUUUACCUCGGUGAAGAUGCGAAGGUGCCGGAUUACUAUCGGCGAAUAGUACAAAUAUGUCUGAGUCCCAACCCACGACACAGGCUCUCCGCAAAGGAACUUCUCUUCAUGUUCCCUCCAGAUAUUCGCUCGGCAUGGGCACCAGCAGCUCGACCACUGGAGAUGAAUACCAAUGAUCCCAGACAAUACCCUUUCCGAAACAACUGGCCCCAGCCUCCACCUUCCGAAUUCCCCUUCGCUGCUCCCGGUGGUAUGAUGCGGCAGCCCGACCAAUAUUACACCCAAAAGGACUUUUCAAACAAUGCAUAUGGUGGUAUGCAGCACUCCGACUUUGAAAAACACGACUUCGCAAAGCGCUCGACAAUUACCCUUACAGAAUCCAAUGAAGAUAUGGGCUUCCCAUCUCAACCAUCAUCUUCCUCUACCUUGAACCACUCCCCCAACAAUGACGAGUACUACUCUCGCUAUUCUGAUGAUCAACCCCCACAAUACCUGCCGUCCGAGAACCGGGACUUUGAAGCCCCCUCGGUUUCGCACGCUACUACUUUGAGGAGCAAUGGCUUCCAAAACGAUCCCGUGGAACUGCCCACUCCCACCGACGAGACUCUCUCUCGUCAAAAUGCCCCCAUGAAUAAUCAGCAAUCCAUCGCUCAAGACAUAUCGACCGGAUCGACCAAUGAGCAUACCCCAAAUUUGCCUGGCUCAGCGAACACUACUCCCACUGUCAACCAAACUCCUCCCAAGCCUUCAAAACAAGACAAUCUGAACCGGCCAAGCAAAAGGGCCGCCAAUAACGAGGAUCUCCUUACAUCCUCCUGUUUAGCUAUCAAUCCCGCUCUAUCUUCACACGAAACUUCCCACAGCACUCAACCUACCCCUUCAUUGAUGCUCCCACCUUCCACGCCACCGAUGAAACGAGAUAGUUCCAACCAACCAUCUGCGAAGAACGCCAAUACCAUGACCCCAUUCACCGGACCCUCAGCUUCAAAUUCAUCUACUAUCGGUUCGGGAUCACCCCUCAGUCCCAAAUCAGGUAACAUGGGAGCUUCCCUAGGGCUGGGCACCAAAUUCCCAGCAGCUUCACCUUUUACCAACAUGCUAAGGCAAUCUGGAGGGCAACCCUUCAAAUCUGCAGAUGUCAAUUUUGCACCACCCACACCAUCAAACCUAUCCUCUUUGAAACCCUCGACCUCCUCCAUGCAAAAGGCGGCCUACGUUAGUUAUUCAGCCCAAACUACCCCCAUCGAAUUGUCACCCUCUGAGCCAACGAAAAAUAAGGAGGUCGGUCAACCUCGCGCAAAAGCCAUUGAGAUGAAGCCUACUUUGGCAAUUGAGUCAGACUCAUCGUCUUUGCUCGGCUCCAGCUUACCUAUAAGCCCUGCUACGCGUGAUUCAAUGCCAAUUGAGCAGGCUGUUGACCACUCCAAUGCCAAGCCGGUCAAAUUGAAGCCAGUGCUGAGGAGUGAAUCAAAAUCGACACCAUCGCUACUUCAUUCGGCACUACCCAUAAGCCCCGCUUCGGCAAAUUCGAAGCCUCUCGCGCAGCUUUGCGGCAUGGAUGUCAAGCCCGUGGAUGCCAAGCCAGCAUCGGCAAUUUCAUCACGAUCAACAUCCUCGCUACUUCAUUCAGAGCUACCUACAAGCCCGGCCUCUGCGAAUUCGAAGCCUAUCGCGUGGGAUACCAAAGAGCCCCAUGCCAAGCUUGCCGAUGUCCAGCCCACAUUGUUAAGGUCGCCAGACUCGACUGCGUCUUUGAUCGAUUCUCGGCUGCCUAUAAGCCCUGCUACGAUAAAUUCGAGUUCCAUUGCAGAGGCCAUGCAUCAACCAUUUGUUCCGCCCAUCAAUGUGAAGGCUACCUUGACAAAGCCAUCGGACUCGGCACUGUCUCUACUUGGAUCCAAGUUGCCCAUAAGCCCUGCUUCGGCAGAUUCCGUCCCUGUUGCAAAGACUUUGGCUGAGUUCUCAAGACCUGUCAAAUUUGAGUCUGAAUUGGCAGAGCCGUCAGACUCAUCGCUUCUCAGCUCUAGCUUGCCAAUAAGCCCCGCUUCGCCGGACUCAGGGUUUCCUGCAAAGGCUAUGAAUCAACGCCACUCAAACAACGCAGUUGUCAAGUCGGCAUGCAAACAGCAGUCGGAUCUCUCAUCGCUACUUAGCUCCAGCUUGCCGAUAAGUCCUGCCCCGGCAAACACAGGACCUCCUGCAAAUGCCACCAUUGACAAACCCAUAUCGGCACAGCAGUGCGAUCCGUCAACUCUCCACGGCUCUAGCUUACCCAUAAGCCCUACUUUCGCAAACUCCAUCGCCGGCACAGCUACCGAGGUAUCACCUGCUGUUCACCAGCCCCCUUCAGGCAAGGUACCGCAUCCGAUUCGACACAGGCCUGCAACCUACUUCUCUCGGACAACCUCCUAG